CAAAAACACACAAUAACUCAUACGGCUACCAAUCAUUGCAUAUAUAAAAUGGAAUAGCAAUUUUAACUCACGAGGAUGGGGGGGUGCGUCGCUACCCGGUUGCUGUUCAUUUGAAGUGACUACAACGUUAUGUAUAUUAAGCGCGUGAUGCCAUUUCAGCACCGGAGUCUGUGAGUGAGCAGUUGUGGUGCAGCGUCGCGCCUGCCCAUGACGACGGUAAACCGCCCCCCGGCCCAGCCUUGCAAGGAUGGAAUAAAAAUGUAUCUUUCCUUGGACGAUGUGCGGAUCGGGUCGCUGUACACGGUGGACACCGGUGGACGACAGGGGACCGAAUUCAGCCUCUUCCAGGUUCAUGAAGUCGUCCAUCCAGAGGGCUGGGCAGCAGCAAGCAAGGCCCGACGACAGGCGCUGCUGAAGGAGGUCAAGUUGAGGGGCGUUUGGUUUUACCAGGCCAAGGAGACGGCUGCGGGCGUGCGCCUCGUGAACCCCAGCAAGCUCAAGGGCGCGAAUCGUGAUCCGGGGGACAACCGGCAAUUCCUGUUUGACGAUGUUGAUGACGAGCUGGACGAGCGGCGCGUCUUCCUUGCCACCAACAAGGCUGGCACUUGGUCGCGUACGAUACCGUUUGGCUCCCUCCGCAAGGAGGUCCGGCUGGUGCAUGGCACCCGUCCAAGCAACGGCGGUGCUGCCGACACCUACUAUUACAACCAGUCGUACGACGAGCUAUUCAUGACGUACGAACAGUGCCCCCCUUCAGAUGUCGCGGGGGCUGCAGCCACGGGCGCUGCUGCUGGUGCUGCUGGUGCAGCUGCCACAGCAGGGAGGGCGGCGGCGGCGGCGGGCCCCUCACAACUGGCCCCGUCCGCAGCAGCAGCGGCGGCGGGCCCCUCACAACCGCCCCCGUCCGCAGCAGCAGCAGCGGCGGGGCCCUCACAACCGCCCCCACCCGCAGCAGCAGCAGCAGCUGCUGCCCGUUCAUUGCGGCCCCGAGCUGCCAAAGCCAGCACCGCCAAGACCAGCACCCAGCGGCAGCAGCCAAGCCGCAAGCUGCCCAAAUGCCUGCGGGAGCCGUCACCGCCCGAUGAAGACGAGGAGCCAUCGUACGUGCCCUUGGUGCCGUACCUAACCGCUAAGGGCAACGUGCCCUCGAAAGCAGCCCUGAAGGUGGCCGGAGGGCACCGGGCGGGUAACCCGGCUGCCCGACAGUACGGCAAGGACGACGUGUUGGCCUUCCACGCUUGCUGCGGGGCGGGGGGUGCCAGCAUGCAUCAAGUGGAUGAGAUGGUGCAGAAACUGGUUCAGGAGCGGCGGGAGGAGGAGGCGGCGCGGCGGAGGGCGGUGGUGCAAGACGACGGCCACCAGAGGGGCACCGGAGGGGUGAAUGGAGGAAGAGGAGGAGCCGCAGCCGCUCCUGUCGGCCGCAACGCUGCGAUGAACGACUCGGGCCGGCCAGCGGGCGGCGAGGUGACCCGUGGGUCGGCAGCGGCUGCUGCCACUGAGGAUGGUAGUCCCCCUUGCCCGCGCCUGCUCAACUUCUGGGGCUGUGAUAACACAAUGUCGCCGAUACUGUCAUGCUUGGCGAACCAUGGAGAGGGCAUGGCGGUCACUUGCGCGCGCUUGGCGGAGCUGUACGUCUUGAUCCGGCUGGCGAAUGAGCUGCUGUCCUGGUUGGAGGCCGCAGCGGACGACAACAAGGACACGGGAGGGGGUGGCGGAGGAGGUGCGGCAGACAGCAGCAAACGCCGUGCAACUAGCAGGAGUCGACGCGGACGGAAGCAGCAGCAGCAGCAGCAGCAGCAGGAGCAGCAGGAGCAGCAGGAGGGCGGUGGCGAGCAGGAGAGUAAGGACCAGGAAGGCAGUGAUGAUGAUGAUGCUGAGGAGAAGGAGAAGGAGGGCGAGUGGGAGGUGGCGGAUGUGGUUGCGAUGCGGUUAUUCCAUUACGUGCCUUCCAAGGACGGGCAGCUGCAGCAGGAGCUGGGCCUGGAGGAUUGCGGGCUGGAGUUCCUUGUCCGAUGGCACUACGACCCCGUCCGUCACAAGAAGUCCUGGCCCGACUACCCGGCUAACCAGUACCAGUGGCUGCCGCUGUCGCGUCUGCUGGGCUCGGUGGGAAUGCUGCGGGGCUUCAUGCGGCGGGUGCUGCUCACCGAGUCGCUGCUGCCCCGCCCCGGCAUGCGCAUCCUGCUGGUGGCGGGGACACCCUGCCAGGACAUGAGCGGUCACAACCGGGAGAUCCGCAAGCGUGAGCUGUUUGACAGCCCCAAGAACCGGAUCAUUCUGACCCUGCUGGCGCUAGCCUCCUACCUGCAGGUGGACUAUGUCCUGUUGGAGCAGGUUGGCGAGGCGGCACAGCUGCAAGACGGCAAGUGGUUUCGGACUGUCGUGGUGGACCGCAUGCGGGCGGAGUACCAGAUUCGAGUGGGGCUCAUCCGGGCAGCUGGACACGGCUGCCCCCAGGUGCGGCCCAGGGUGUUCAUCUGGGCCGCAAAGCCCGGCUGCGUGUUGCCGGGCUUUCCGCGGCCCGAGUUCUCCGCCCGGUUGCUGCUGCGUGGGGACGAGGAGGGGAAGGUGUGGCAGCCGCUGAGGCGUCGCAUCUUGGCCCUACAGAAUUGCUACCCGAUGGCUGCCGAUGGGGCGCUCCUGUAUCCCAGCCAGACGCUCACGGACGCCAUCUCCAACCUCGAGCCGCGAGACAACUUUUCCAUGUCGCCCGUCAGCACAGUCACGGAGUUCCACCACCCACUUCAGUACACGCUAGCCCGGCCGCCCCCUGCCGGUACCCCCAGUGCCGAGCUGCGGUUCGCUGCCUAUCUAGGCAACUGCGCUCCCGCCAUCCUCGAGUUCCCCCGACUCGUGCUGCUGUUCUACUAUGCGUGCCGAAAGGAGGCGGAGCGGGCGGUUAAGAAGCGAAUGGCGGAGAGGCGGCGCAGGAGGGCCAAACGGGCGGCAGCAGCAGCAGCAGCCGGGGGGACAGGUGGGGUGGCAGUGGCGGCAGCAGCAGCCGGGGCGUCGGCGGCAACUGGUCGCCAGACGCAGACGACGGGGGACACGCCGCAGGGUGACACUUCAGCCAUGGAGGCGGAGAUAGUCGACGAGGCUUGCGUGCGGCUGGGCGACUUGUUCGCUGAACUGCCCCGGAGCUGCAAGAAGAGCGCGGGGGGGGAGGCGGAGGCGGAGGCAGCAGCUCAGGAGGCAGCAGCGGUGGGGUCAAAGCGGAAAUUGCAGCAAGAUGCCUCACGUCGCCGGCUUUCCCAUUUGGAAGCCGGGAAGAAGCUGCUGCGGUCCUCCCUGGACGCCCUGACCAGCAGCCUGCAGCACGCGCCGCACAUGCUGGGCGUCCUGCGCGCGGAACGAGAGCGGCUGGAGGGCCGGACAGCAGCAGCAGCAGCCGGCGCCGGCGGCAAAGGCAGCGGCGGCGAUGCGGGUGCUGGUGCUGCACGUACCGCUGCUGCCGCUGCUGCUCCUGCCGCUGCUGCUGCUGCUCCUGCUUUGGCAGGUGCGGCGGCAGGUGGCAGCGGAGGCGCUGCGGGUGGAACGGCAGUCGCCGUGCAAGCAGCGGCAGCAGCAGCGGCAGUAGCGGCGGCAGCAGCCAGGGGCAGGGGUGUUGGCUUGGUUGCGGGUGGCGUUGUGCAGCAGGAGGGAGGUGCAGCGGGGGCUGAGGGCGCCGCCGGCAGGGUCAGCAGGGGGGCGGCGGCAACCAGGGGGGCUGAUCAUCAUCAUCAUCAUCAGCAGCAGCAGCAGGAGCCGGGAGGUGCUGAGCGGCGGCGGUGGGAAACCGUGCUUUCUAUUCUCGUGGCCAACCACGUUCCCUACCAGAUGCAGCUGGAGAACUACGAGCGCGUGAAGGCGGUGCCCACCGGCGGAGGGAAGUGCCUGCUGGACGUGCCUGGCGUCGAGGAAGAGGGCAAGCAACUGCGCUGCGGGAAGCCCCUGCUGCCGGAAUCGCUGCGAAAGUGGCUGAAGAGGCAGCGCAGCUCCGAGACCGCGGGUCGUACGACGGUGAAGAGGCAACGCAUCUCCAAGACCGCGGGUCGUACGACGGGGAACUCCAAACCGUACGGCAGGUUGCUGGAGAGCCAGGCGCUGGGUACCGUGUGCGGGGGCGGCCGCAUGACCAACGUGCGCGAGGUCGCGGUGUGCCUGCCCUAUGCGGACCGGAUCGCAUCACCGCGGGAGUUUGCCUGCGUCCAGGGCUUCCAGCUGCACACCGUCUUCCUGACGGUCCACUCGCCCUUCGCGGCCCACCUCCGCCGCCACACGGGCACCGUGUCCUGGCUGGAGGGGGUGGUCAAGCCCGCCAUUCGGGGCCUGAAGUGGCUGCUGCAGGUGGGCCCAGCAGUGGCUGCAGCUGCAGCAGCAGCGGCGGCGGCCCGGCAGGAGGGCUGCGAGCCGCCCUCCCUGCAGGAGCUGCGGGCUGCUUGGCACAUGCAGCACCGAGUCAUCAAGGACGAGAUGCAACAGAUCGGCAACAGCUGGGCGGCACCGGUGGCCGAGGGCCUGGGCCGCUGCUUCGCGCUUGCCCUCGUGGGUCUUCCCUCCCUGGAGGGGCAGGAGAGCGUUCCCGACCCCAACUGGCAGGCUGCCUGGCAGUGGGCGGGGGCGGCGGGGGUGCGGUGCGUGCAGUCGUACGUGCAGGACCGAGAGGGCCUGUGGCCGGCUGAGCCGCAGGAGGUGUCUCAGGCGCCUCAGGUGGCGGAGGGCGACCCGGAGGCGUUGCUGGAGGAGAGCAGCGAGGAGGGGGAGGAGGAGGAGGAGGAGGGGGAGGAGGAGAGCGAGGAGGAGGAGGGGGAGCAGGAAGAGGAGGACGACGAGGAGGAAGAAGAGGAGGGCGACAGCGAGGAUUCUGGCGAGGAGUGAGGACGUGAGCUGUGGUGAGGGCGACGCGUAAUAGGAGGAGGAAGAGGGCAUGCAUGGGUCGGAGGUGGUGCACUGCGCGGGUUUGCAUGCAUGCAUGGGAUGGGAUGUUUGUGGACGUAGCAGCGAACGUGUGGGUGGCUCGUGGCUCGAAGCGCGUGCGGUUCGUGCGUUGUACCGUAUGUGGAAGGCUAAUUAGUCUAGUCUUUCAACUGCAGCUACUAGCAAACCCGGUUUGAUAGCGUGUGACAUGGACAGCGACAUGUCACACCUGCAUGUUCGGCCUCCUUUAGUCCUUUCCUUGCUUUAUGGGUUGUGUGCGGGUGGCAGGAGGGCCGCCCAGCACACCUUGUGAGCAAGGUUGUUGUAGGAGCGAGUAGCUUGGACUACUGCCGCAGCGGUUGGUGCGGCUGGGUGCUCGAAUGGACGGUCAAUGUUGAUGAUGAUCACGAGCCUUCAUUCCUCUAAUCAUCAUCAAUGUUGUUGGGUUCACUGUUGUGGGGAAACGGGACGGGCCGCAUGCCAAGGGCAAUGAGCUUGGGCGGAAACUGCUUGUGAGACUGCUUGUUUUGUUGGAGACGCGUUGGUUGUUGUUGCUGUAGGAUGCGUGCACCAUCCGAUUGGUGCGCAGGUGGGUGCACCGGUGGUGACACCUAGCUAGGCCGGUGGGUGGCGGGUAGGAUGUUGCAAGCUCAGCCUGCAGUGGGAAAUUCCCCAGUGCUGUGGGCCUGGUGAUGUGCUGUGGAG